GUGGACGAAGCCGAGAGCGAGUUGGACUUUCCGUGCGGUCCACACAGCGUGUGGGCCAACCGAGGGAUUAUUUCUGGGCGCCAAAGACCUCAAACGGACGUCACUUCUUGAAAGAGAGCGAUAGACCCGCUCCGUGUGUGUCGCUGCAGUUGUGCUGCUAAAAUUAAAUCGCCGACGAGAAGUAGAAGAAAGAGGCGCGCUUAGUCGGUGCGCGGAGCUCGUUGGGCCAUCAGAGAGUUUGUGUAGUGUCUUCGAGUGCAAACAAACAUUGCUUUUAUGCGGCUGGCUUCGUUGCACAACCUCAACCUCGUGUUAAGUGAAUUUUCAAUCAACUCGAUGACAAUCUUCUAAAUUCACGUACCUAUUUCCGUCUCAAAACAAACACUAAAUCGAAACGGCAGACGGACGUUUUUAUUGCCGCCUAAUUCUCUAAUUGAGUUUACACUUGGGCUUAUCCACCCGAAACGGGCUGGGGUCUCUUUUAAAAUUCCGCCCUCGCCGACUUAAAUUAAAAGAGCAGCCAACGAAACCAGUCCUUCCUGCCGUGAAUAUAAAACACUCGGUGUGCAGUGUGAUUUACCCGGCCAGCUGCUGCUGUUUGGCGUAUUAGGCGUGGUGCACACGCGGCGAACACAGUGCAUGAAACAGCGAGUGCACCGGAGUUGCUGAACCACCAUUUGUUCUGGCCACUGGAGCAGUGCAUUGUUGCGCCGAUGACGGGAUGAGCGUCACGAGCGGAAGGCGGGUAGUGUUUCGCGAGGUGCAGCAUCAGCAACCGCCCCGCAGACGCACCAGGGCCGAUCUUCAAGAGGACAGGGGCAGCAGAUUCGGCUGUUGCUGCUGCUACACGUCUUCUUACAGAGUGCAGAAGAGCAAGAGGAGCAAACGCGGCAACGAGCAGUUGGAACCAGGUGAUGCCUUCCUGGAGCCGUAUAUGCAAGGAUUGGGCCCGUCGCGGGAGUCGCCGCUGCUGAAGCUGGACGCAGACACGGACUACGAUGAUGACGAAAACAAUCGACCGCCGACACCACUGCACGCGCCCGUGGCAGCACCGAGGAUGUUCCGCGGUGCGUCUCCGCCGCACGCCACGCUGCUGCUGCACGAGGCGCAACCCGCUCAGCUCAUAUCCGAAUCUGCAAAGUUCAAGUUGAUCGACCUCACGCACCGCGACAGCGACGUCACUGUCGCUACGUCUUUUUCCACACAGAGCGUGAGUGUGCCGCGUGGAAUGACCUCGGAGGACGAGGGCGACGACGAGGGAGAAGACGAGGACAGUUGCGACCAGGCGAGUAGCAGCGGUGGCGGCUCUAUGGCUCCGUGCGACAUUGGUCUGGUGGAGCGGCUCAUCAGGUCGCACCCCGUCUGGUUUCUCGCGGGCCUGCAAAGGGCGGGCGCUGUCCACCUCCUGCAGGGAAAGGAAGAAGGGAAUUUUGUCGUGCGUCAGUCAAGUCAGGCGGACACAAUGGCCAUAUCUGUGCGACUACCCGCCGGUAAAGGGCCCUACAUCGAGCACUACCUGGUCCAGGCCACUAGCACAGGUCAGCUGGCUCUCGAGAGCUCAGAGAACAAGUUCGAUGACAUUCCUUCCCUCGUGGCGCACUAUGCGCAGUGCUGUGAUGAACUACCAGUGCAGUUGACACUACCUCGUGCCAUCAGAGAAGCCAGAAAUAGACAGCAACUCUCCUCACUGGCUCUCUUAGGACAAGAGUUUUGGCGCUACCCCAUGGCAAAUCCCCGACCUGAAAGAGGGACGCCGGUCGCAGAAGUGCCACUAACAGCCCCUCAAACAGCUCCCCCUUCGCUGAGGCUGAGCCCACCCUUGAACGCCCCCUCUGAAGAGGAGCCCCCCGUGAAACAGCAAACCCCGAAUAGCAGCCAGUCUAGUUUGUGCAGCUUUGGUUCCGGCAGCUGUUCCAUCAACAACCUGAGCAACAGCAAUCUCAACAACCUGCUGAACAAUAACAAUGGCAGUGCUUCCUCCUCGCCCCCGAAAGACAACAUAGUCCUGAAUCUUGCCCCGUUGAAAGAGCCCUCCCCUCCCUCGACGUCAAUCCACCCCCCAAAAGCGGCCAGGCCCAACUCCCUGAACCUGCUGCAAUCAAACUUGUCGUCAGCCAACAACAGCCCACUGAGUCCCAGCGCCGGAACCCCCUCGGCCAAAAGCAACCCCCCGAAGCCACCUCCGCGGUGGGCGAAACCAAGUCAGAACUUCACUGUGACAUCCACGGUGACCUUCCAAGUCACCUCCCCGGCCACAACAACCACCCCCAGAAUCGAGGAGCUGAAAACUGAGUCAGUGUUAAGCCCUCAGCAAUUCCAGCAAACUUCACUCAUCUGCAGCCCCACCGAGAGCAAGGCAGCCACCCCCAUCACCGGACACUCGAGCAGGAGGUCCAAGAGGAAAGUCAGCUCCAACAAAGAGUCGUAUCAUUAUCAAGAAUCGGACAUUCUUGAGUCGCCCACCGUAUACUACAGAAGUUCCGUCGCGGACAAGAUCAGUGAUUACGAAGACAUCUGGGGUCCAGAACACAAAAUCAAGUCGCCCCAACAGGCUCCCUCGGUCACCCCAGAGUUGCUGACCUUCAAGCCAAGGAUUCCUCAAAGCGUUUCAGCCAAUGAGCUAAGUGGAGACGACAGGAGACCAGACAUUUUGGGCAGCUGUGCUUCCCUAAUGGGCAAAAACAACAUUGUCAGCCCAGUCACAAGCCCUGUUUCACCCCUCAUCAUUGAGUCGCCAGUUAGUUCCCCCCUUGAUGAGGAGGGAAAUAAACCAAGCGGCAGCCCAUUCUAUGCGGAGCCAGCCGACGCCAUCAGGUUUAAUGUGCAGAGACGCAAACCAAGACCUGCGGGCGGCCUACCGCAGCACAGGCAAAGGGUGUUGGCAAGCCACCGCCACUCAGACCCCACCAUUCAGCACUCGUGGUGGCCGCCCCCACAGAUCAACGGCCGCCAGCACCAGCCGCUGGAGCGCAUUGAGUCCUCCGAGGAAAUCCACACCGCCGCCAGCGUGGACAAUAUCUCCAUGCUCAAGUCGCCAACAAGCACGGCUUCCACUCCAAUGAGCGCCGUCUCGCACCAACAUCCUCUAAUUGCAAUCUCAAAUAACCAACUGAGCGCGACGGGACCGGUUAAAAUCAUGUCAGGAGUGUCUGAGUCUCACCUGGCAGCAAUCAAGAGCAGGCAGCAACCAAAGGCAAAGCCUGUGCAGGUCCCAAGAGUUUUGGGCAAAGCAAAAGGAAUAUCUAGAGGUGGUGAUGGAUCUUGGGCUGUGGACAGUAGUUGGGAAUUUUUUGGAAGUCAGGCUGGUUCUCCGGCUAGCGAAAACGUUGACGAGCCGGUCAGCAACCGCUUUCCGCCGCUGACCUAUGAUGAGGAUUAUGAAGAGGAUGAUGUUGUCUCCCAACUGGGCUCAGACGGGAAACCAAGAAGGCGCAGAAGGCCCCUAACAGCCCAAGAGUUGAUUGCUGAGAAGUGCCCAGAGCUAGGAAUUCCUCCUGACAUAUCGAUUCCGGGUGUCCUUUCACCAGGGAUCAAUGACAACCCGAUUGUGCGAGAAAACUCCAUGCACUCCAACAACAGCGACUCAUGCAGGAUGUCCGCCUAUGACAACGUUGAAGGACUGAUACACCAUGGUCCAUAUUCAUCAAGGAGCUCAAAUUCCCAGGCAAGUGACGAAGACGCCCACACUGUGUUCUCCGAGCCUUGGGACAGUUCUCGAUGGGAGACACUUUUGAUGCAAAAGAAUCAGCAGUCAAGAGAUGAUGACAGGAUGAGCUUCAACAAUGGAACCCCCGCCGCGAUAUCUGCCACCUCUUCUCUGGUGCACCUCAGUGGAGAUGCUCUAAUACCAGACGACGAAGACAUGACCCAAGAAAGAUCAGCAAUUGUUACUAAACUGCCUCACCUGUCUCGGACAAAGAGCUUCAAGGACCGAAUGGACCCCCUGUUGUCACCUCCUCGUUUGCAAGCGUUGAGGUCCCGUGAUGGAGGUAGCACUGGUGCCGCAAUCAGGGCCUACGCAUUGCAACUGGCAGCAGACAAAAGCACCACUUUUGCUCAGAACGUUGAGAAUUUCAUCCAGUGCACGAGGGAGUCGAAAGAGAGGAGCCCCAAUGUGGCCAUGCGCAACAUGAGACAGUUUAUGUCUGGAAUGAAAAAUUAUCUGGUGAAACACGGCGAACGGAAUUUUGAGAAGGAGGUCGAGAAGGAGAGAAACAAGUUGAAAGCGAACGAGUUUUUGAAUCUGGACGCCAUUCUGGAGGGAGUAAUGCACAAACUGGUUGUGAGGCCUCUCAGGGAGCACCUUUAUCGCCUCUUUGUUGCCGAGUAUUCGAGAACUGGAGCGAUUCAACUGCUGGCUAGCAAUAUCCAAUACGCUCGCACCAAACCACCUCAUGACCUUGGGAUCAGGGCGAAAAUUUCUCCACCCAGCGAAGAAUCUAUGCAUACAAUUUGCCACUACUUGACGCGUCUGCAGCAGGUAGACUCUCCAUUGGAGAAGCUUGAAAAUCUCCUAGCUUGCAUAUCCACAAUAUUUAACUCUGUGAAAUCAUCGAAUCAAAAUCGAGGGGGUGUUCUACUUGGUGCGGACGACUUUUUGCCCUUGUUUGUCUGGGUGCUCGUGCGAGCGGGCAUGGUGGCAGCUGAAAUCGAGGCUGAAUUCAUGUGGGGUCUACUGCAACCCUCUUUGCUCUCUGGAGAGGGAGGCUACUAUCUGACCACGCUCUCCAGCGCCGUGUAUGUCCUCAAAAACUUCAGGGCUUGCAACGAGAUGCAAAAUCCUCAUAAUUCUUCCUUGGAUUGGCGAGGAGGUUCACUGGCUGAGCUGCGAUCAGUGCUCAGGAUUGUCGUGCCGGAUGAGCUGCAUGGAUCGAUUUUGACCAAGACCCUUCCCGUCAGGCCAAACACCACCACCAGAGACGUGUGCAAAAUUAUUGCCCACAAAAUCAGAAUCACAAAUCCUCAAGACUAUGGUCUCUACAAACUUGUCGAUGGUGAAGAAACCUUGCUGAAUGAUGGCGAGUGCCCUCAAGAUGUGAAGGAUGACGUUUGCCAGGAUGGAAAGCACUGCGUCUUCGCCUACAAAAGAAUCGACGCGAAAAUCGCCUGGCCAAGAACCUCUCCUUCCCCGAGCAGUACUUAGCAGCCGCUUGUGGUUCCGGUCAAGCCUGGCUGGAACUUAAAGAGAUGUCAUCAUCUGAAAUCAUUUUCUCUAAAGUCUAGUAAAUAGCAAACUCACACACACAGCCCAACAAAAAGCACACUGCCAAUUAACAAGCAAGUGGCACAAUAAUUUUCUUUUGUAAAUAAAUGGGGUUAGCGUAAUUAAUGCGAAGAAAAAAAGAACUGACUCUGCUGUUGCAAUGCAGUACUGUAAUGUAGAUUAGCAUCAUUUGACAGGCUCAAUAUUUGUACAUUUUGUAUUAAUUUAUUUCUUUGCUGCCUGACAACUCUGGAUUCAUUCAACUGUCGCCCUGUUGCAUAAUGCACCGUUCUUGUGAGUGAGAGAGAGAAGGAAUUCAUAUAAAAUCGAUCUGUAGUUGAGUUAGAAAGAAAUGAGGCCUUACCCGUAAAGCAUAUUAUUAGUACACCCACUAAAUUGUGAACACACUGCGUCUCCCAACGCUUUUCCCUGAAAAGUGGCUUGUAGUACGAGAGCAGUGAAAACGCCGGAGAUAAGUGACAGCGCAUCUCUGUUUUUCUUUCUUUUCCGCCUCUCUUGCUCAGAGUCUGUUGUAUAUAAAGUUUCAUAUGUACCGCAAUUGGAUCAACUCUCGUCAUAUUUUUUGUAUAAUCAGCAGUGGUUGGAUGGAUUGAUGAUUAAUGCUAGUCAUAAAAUUAACUUAUCCCUAUUAUGUUAACACGCCAACAAAAAUCCCGCUUGAGGUAUCAAGGCCUAACUGAAGAAACUGCAAUUAUUUCUGUUCGAUAUUAUUAUUAACACUUGAUUUGAGUCUCCAAUUCAAUCGCAAUUAUUGUACUUUUUUGGGACUAAUUCUCUGUGAGGUCAACACACUGCUUACAUCAAUACAAUAAUUAUAUAGGAAAAUGCUGCCGCUGUGGAAAGUCGUGCUCCAGGCAGCGAAUUUUGCACAGUGCAAAGAGUGGAUGGAGGAUUAACAAAAUUGCAGAUAUGAUGUGUGUUAUUACAUAAUAAGCUGUACUUCCUAUGUUGUCACCAUUACUUCUUUGUAAUUUGAGAUUGAUUAAUAAAUUAUUAUCAUCUUUUAUCCUUGAAAA